AUGGAAGUCGCCGCCAAGCGCUUCUUCUCAUCUCCCCAUUUCGCCGUGGUGGGCGCCAGUCAAGAUGCCAGCAAGUUUGGCUACCGGAUACUAGCAUGGUACCACACCCAUGCACUGGCCGUUACACCCAUCAAUCCCGGUCGACCGUCCGUAUCAGUGCCAUCAAAGAUCUAUGAGGCAGUGCCAACCGUUUCGGCUCUUCCUGAUCCGAAGCAUACAGCUCUGUCAUUCUUGACGCCUCCUUCGGUGACGCGAAAAGUCCUAGAAGAGGCCAAAUCCGUGGGCAUCCCUGCGGUCUGGCUGCAACCAGGGAGCUUCGAGCCUCGAGACCUGGAAUACGCCAAGCAGAACUUCGAGUCAGCUGUUGGUGGGUACGAGUCUGGUACCGUAGGUGGAGAAGGUUGGUGCGUGCUAGUUGACGGUGAAGACUCACUACGAGCUGCUGGCAGGAAAAUUGUCAGGCAGAAGCUAUGA